AUCGUCGUCCCAGAAGCUGUUGAAGUGGAAGACCCAAAGCGAUUGAGAUCGCACUAUCUCAACAGCCAGAUCACGGACCAGAUUAAGUCUCAAGCGGCCAGCCUCGUACCGAAAGAGCAAUCUUCAAGGGAUGCAGUAUCUCGAAAUCUCCCCCACCCUUCGCAUAAACUACACCAUUCACCAGCCUUCCCCUUCUUCUUCAUCCUCCGCCUCAUCACCUCGAUCAAAACCCUGGGUAAUUCUCAUCAACGGCCUCGCUGACGCUCAAACAACAUGGGCCGCUCAAGUCUCCGCCUUCACGUCCGCGGGGUACACCGUGCUGACGUACGACAACCGGGGCAUUGGCCUCUCAUCGCGUCCCAGCAGGGGCGACGAACGCUGGACCGCAGAAGACAUGGCGUCCGACCUGCGCGCCCUGGUGACAACGCUCGACAUCCCGCGACCCUACCACGUCCUUGGGAUUUCCAUGGGCGGCAUGAUCGCGCAGAUGUACGCGCUCAACUACUGCGGCGGAAAUGACUCCUCAUCCUUGGAACUACUCAGCCUGACGCUGUGCUGCACGUACGCCGCGCCGGGCCCCUUCUGCACCCGCAUGUUCGGUCUGUGGGGCGACAUGGCGCGGAACAUGUCCGUGUCCGAUGUCAUGCGCGACGUGCUAUUGUGGUGUUUUACGCCCGAGUGGUUCGCCGAUCCGGCGCACCAGAACGAGUUGAUCGAGAUUGAGGCGGAAAUGGCCAAGACGGACGAGGAAAUGGGCCGAGACGCCUAUCUGGCGCAGUUGAACGUCAUCACUGCGUUUGACACAAGGAAGCACGUGGGCAAGCUGGCUGGCCUUAAGGUCGAUGUCAAUGUCCUAAUUGGAGAGCGGGAUAUUCUGAUUCCGAAUGUAUUGUCGAGGGAGUUGGCCGAUUUGGUCGAGGGUAGUCACUGGAUAGUGACGGAGGGUGGGCAUGCGUGUAAUUGGGAGUAUCCGGACGAGUUCAACAAGAAGGCCUUGCAGGGGUUCAAGGCAGCGGAGGAGAGGAUGGGAUUGUGAGAAAAUUGCCUGGAACAGUCGUGAUGGUGUGGGUUGUUACAAUGUAAGUGAUGGUCUCUUGAGACGAAGAGUGAUCCUGCCUCAUGAGCGUAACGGUGUCGGAGGCCGGCCUUCAUCGGUGGAGGCCCAGUGCCCGUUAUCACCGGACACAUGACAAGCCUCCAACUAGGUAGGCAUGCCUUUGCUGCGAUAAAAGAAAGGGGGGACUACUCAGCCUUGUGCUGCUGAAGGCUUAAGUUCCGGUCAGGUCAUGGUGCUCCACGAUGUACACCAUAAGCCUAGGAGAAUGGCAGAUUCG